AUGGCCAAAAAGGAUUUCGUGGCACCAAAAAAAGCUCAUUUGCAUGAUGCCUAUGUCACUUCGAAACUGUUGAAAGAGUGGCAUAAUAUAGAUUCUUAUAUUAGCAAGUUACUGGAAAAUAAUCUGGAGUUAUUGAAAAAUGAUUGUUUUAUAGUUUGUUGUCGGAGUUUGGUCACUAAAGAAAUUGAUAAACUAGCAUCACAUAAACAUCAACAUGAAGAAGAGCCACUAACACCGGAAAAUAAAGUAUACUCCGCAUCUUCUUCACCACCUUCAGAUGGGAUAUUACUUAGGAAAACAAAGAAAAUCAGUUACGCCAAAUCAGAUUUAGAGAAUGUAAAGAAAUCAUCAAGUUCAGAUUUAGAGGAUGUAGAAGAAUUUAAGAAAUUUAUCAAGAAUAAAAAUAUAAAAUCACAAAAAUAUGUCUGCAAUAACUUUAUUUCUUAUGAAAGCACGCUAUGUCCAACAGUUUAUUCAGCUACGAGCACUUUAAUAGCGACACCUAAUAUAAUUCAUUCAGCUACAAGCACUUUAAUUGUGAUACUUAAUAAACCCAUUAUUACAAAAGCAAUAUACAAUGAAUAUUCUGCACACAUAAUAUGUGCUUUUAAUACAAUGAUACAUCUUGUCAAAGAAACCAUUGAAAAACUGGUAUAUGAAAAAGUCAAAAAUAUGCUCCAGGUGGGAAACAAAUUGGUCAUGAAUGAUUUGAUAGUUAAAAAGCUCGAAAACAUAUUUCAAGCAAGUUAUUCUAAAAUCGAAUCUAAAGUAAUUUUGGAGACGAAUAUUGAAAAUAAUCAAACAAUGAAAGAGAAUAGAUUUAUAUUCUUUAUUCAAUAUGCGUUACUGGACUUUGUUUUUAUGUUUAAAUAUUUGAUGCCAAAAGUUUUAGACCCAUUUCGCAAUGCUUUUCCUGAUAUCAAAUAUAUGUGGUUAGAAAAAGAUAUAAGAUCUAUAAAGGAAGCAAACCUCAUGUUUACAAAAAAUUUUGGAUCGAAAAAAAAACAUACAGUUGGUGAUGUAAAAAAACUAUUAAUUAUGGCUAUAUGUAGUUUAUAUCGACUUCUUGGCAAUAACCUUAAUUGCAAUAUUGAGGAUGCCAAAAAUGUUAAAACUUAUAGCAUUCAGGUUAUUGGAGACCGACUUACACUGCUUGCUAUUUCUUUAAUAAGCAAAAGAAAAUAUUUGGCAGUUGAAUUGGUCUCUUUUAUUUGGAAUGGGUUUUUAGAACAAGAAAAAUUACAAAAGAAAAUUCGUUCCUUUAUUCCAAUUGACAAUUGCUCUGAAAAUUUAAGAAAGUGGUUACAUUUACCAGAUGAUGACAUUUCACUUGUAACUGAAGAAGAUAUAGAUGAAAUUUUUAUCUAUUGA